AUGCCGUAUACUACAAAGCGCUGUUGCUUUUGGAAACCAAGAUCGCCCUGUGUAAACGCUACUAACGGGUUGUGGGAUAUCGAAGAAUUCAUUUGGCGUCGUGGUACACACCGCAGUGGCGACGAACCGAAUACUGGUCAAGAUUAUCUUGCGCAACGAGGGCCACUAGGUGACUUAUACUGGCUUCUGGGAGGUCCGAGAUUUCGCCGAGCUUGUCGAAUCUGUCAUGAAUUUGUCGAUAGCGCUGUUCGAAAGGCUUUGGGGUGUUCAGCUGAGAAUCUCACGGCCCAGUCAGAAGAAGCUUAUACAUUUGUUGAUGCAUUGAUCCAAGAAAGCAAGGAUCCGAAGUUUCUACGGAGCCAAUGUUUGAAUAUCCUCUUAGCUGGAAGGGAUACGACUGCAUGCUGUCUGACAUGGACUUUGCGACUUCUCCUACAACACCCUCAAGCCAUAUCCAAACUCCGCCGCGAAAUCAAAGAUGCCCUAGGGGUCGGCCCUGAGGCACCAGAACCAACAAUCGCCCAGCUCAAGAAACUUUCUUACUUGUCAAAUGUCAUCAAAGAAGUCCUCCGCUUAUACCCUUCCGUCCCCGUAAACGCUCGCGCCGCCGUCCGAACAACCACCCUCCCUACAGGCGGCGGCCCCCAUGGGACUGAUCCUAUCCUCAUCCGCAAAGGCGAAGCAGUCGGUUACAGCGUGUACGCCAUGCAUCGUCGAAAGGACAUCUACGGUCCGGAUGCAGACACCUUUCGACCCGAGCGGUGGGAAGAUCCGACUCUUUUGGCCAGAGUAGGUGCGUGGGGAUAUUUGCCAUUUAAUGGAGGGCCGCAGGUAUGUCUUGGACAGGAGUUUGCGCUGUUAGAGGCGGGAUAUACGGUUGUUAGGAUUUUGCAGGUUUUUGAGAGCAUAGAGAUGGCUGGGGGUGAUUGGUCUGUUGUUGGGCAGGAGGAGCAGGUGCUUACAUUAGUUGUGUCGAGUGGUGAGGGAUGUUGGGUGAGAAUGAAGAAAUAUUGA